AUGAAAAUGAAGAAGUUUAUGCUGAUUAGUUUAAUUUCAAAUACAGGUUUAGCUAAAGACAAUUGGUAUCUUUAUAAAAAUAAUGAAGAUUCUUUGAUUACGAGUGCUGAAGUGAUUAUGUAUUUGAAUUCUAAUAAAGUAAAGAAUUUAGACUAUCGGCUUAAGGUAUGUGUAUGUUUAGGUUUGAUUUCUGGAAGAUUUAAUAUUUUAUCUGGAACUCCGUAUCAUGAAUGAUACUCGCUAGAAAAGCAAGUGCUUGAAAAUAUUCACAGUGCAAAUCGUUGGAUAAUCCAAGAAGAUGAGUUUACGAAUCAGUUAAUAGAGAAUUUUAUGGGCUUAUUUUUUUCUCUGGAUUUUAAAUAUCUUGGGAUUCAUGAGGUGUAUUCAUUACUGAAUACGAUUAAUUUCAAAUUGAAAGCGAAAGAAAGAUGUCGGUAUAUAUUCCAAAUAUUGAAAGGAAGUUGUUGAUCGGUUCUGUAUUUUAAGAUUUUUGACUCUCAGUUAAAUUGGGAUUGAGUAUAUGCAUUAAUUGAGUGGAUAACCUUCUUAUAUUCUCGUAUUUUAAAGACCGAUGUAUUACAGUAUGUAGAUUUCAAUGUAAGGCUAUCGACUCAGCUCCUGUUGUUAUUAGUUUAUUUCUGACAGAUAUGAAUUUAA